AUGGAUACACGAAGCACAUACUCGCUCAGCGUGCUUGCGCCUCUGCAUGAUGGCACAGAAGAGCCAAAAACAGAGAUCCAAGCGAAACUGCGAGAAUUCAUCCUUGCUUUCCAAAUCGAUGGCACAUUCAUCUACAGAGACCAGAUCCGUGAGAACGCUCUAGUCAGACAGUACUACUGCGACAUCGAUAUCGCGCAUCUUAUAUCCUAUAACGAAGAACUUGCGAACAAAUUGACGACUGAUCCUUCAGUGACGAUACCACUAUUUGAAGCCGCACUACGCCAAUGCACGCAACGCAUUGUCUAUCCACAGAAGCCGAAUGAAGACCUACCUCAGCAUCAGUUGCUACUACACUCCUCCGUUUCACAUCUGAAUAUUCGCGACCUCAACGCAACAAAUGUCUCGCAACUCGUCCGCAUACCAGGCAUUGUCAUUGGUGCCUCUACCCUAUCCUCGAAAGCAACAGUCCUAAGCCUGCAAUGUCGAAGCUGUGCAGGCACAUAUCAGAUGAUUGUCGAAGGUGGGUUUUCCGGGAUAACACUACCAAGAGUAUGCAAUCGACAACGUCCAGAACACGAAGCAUCGGAGAAAUGCCCGCUGGACCCCUACUUUGUGGUCCAUGAGCGCUGCCAAUUCAUUGACCAACAAGUUAUCAAGUUACAAGAAGCUCCAGACCAGGUGCCAGUUGGCGAGCUGCCUCGUCACAUCCUCAUCUCAGCAGACCGAUACUUGACCAACCGAGUGGUGCCUGGCUCUCGUUGCACCGUGAUGGGCGUAUUCAGUAUCUACCAAUCCAAAGGCGCAAAGGCCAAAGACAGUGCCAUUGCAAUCCGGAACCCAUAUCUGCGAGCGGUCGGAAUCACUACCGACGUGGACCACACAGCUAAAGGGAACUCUGUUUUCUCAGAAGAAGAGGAGCAAGAAUUUCAAGAGAUAAGCAAGACGAAAAAUCUAUAUGAGAAGUUUGCCGAUUGCAUCGCUCCGUCCAUCUAUGGAAAUAAAGACAUCAAAAAGGCAAUUGCAUGCCUCCUUAUGGGCGGAUCGAAGAAGAUCCUACCAGAUGGGAUGAAAUUGCGUGGUGAUAUCAAUGUUUUGUUGUUGGGUGACCCUGGAACGGCAAAGUCACAGCUGCUCAAAUUUGUUGAAAAAGUAUCUCCAAUUGCCAUAUACACCUCUGGCAAAGGUUCAUCCGCCGCUGGACUGACAGCUUCUGUCCAACGUGACACUGCAACACGAGAAUUUUACCUUGAAGGUGGAGCCAUGGUGCUCGCCGAUGGUGGUGUCGUGUGCAUUGAUGAGUUCGACAAGAUGCGCGAUGAAGACCGUGUUGCCAUACAUGAAGCGAUGGAACAACAAACCAUCUCUAUUGCCAAAGCUGGAAUCACCACUAUUCUCAACGCCCGGACCUCUGUGCUAGCAGCGGCCAAUCCAAUCUUUGGACGUUAUGACGAUCUGAAAAGUCCAGGUGAGAACAUCGACUUCCAGACCACAAUCCUUUCGAGGUUCGAUAUGAUUUUCAUUGUGCGGGACGAGCACGAGAAAGGUCGAGAUGAGCGAAUUGCGAAACACGUCAUGGGUAUCCAUAUGGGUAGAUCCGGCGUUGAGGAACAGCGCGAAUCGGAAAUACCAGUAGAGAAGAUGAAGCGAUAUAUCAGUUACUGCAAGUCGAGAUGCGCACCACGUCUGUCCCCUGAAGCAGCGGAAAAACUCUCGUCCCAUUUCGUUUCCAUCAGGCGACGUGUCCACGAAUCUGAGCGCGCAGCGAACCUUCGUUCCUCCAUUCCUAUCACUGUCCGACAACUCGAAGCCAUCAUCCGUAUUAGCGAAUCUCUUGCCAAACUCACAUUAUCCAAUGUUGCGACAGAAGAACAUGUCGAUGAAGCCAUCCGGCUGUUCCUGGCAUCGACAAUGGAUGCAGUGACGCAGGGUGAAGGACAAGGAAGCAGAGAGCUGAUGGAGGAGGUUGGAAAGGUGGAGGAAGAAUUGAGAAGGAGAUUGCCAAUUGGUUGGAGCACUAGCCUGGCAACUUUGAGAAAGGAGUUUGUGGAAGGAAGGGGAUAUAGUGAGGAGGGGUUGAGGAGAGCGCUUGUGGUGUUGGGAAGGAGGGAAACUGUACAGAUCAGGAGUGGAGGGAGCCAGGUAUAUCGGUGUGGUGCUUGA